CAUUUCCUCUUCCUUUCUUUUCUGUUUCUCCUCUCCCCUGCUGACACAGUAGACCACUUCUCUCCUCUUUUCCUCCUCAUCUCUCUUUCUUUCCCUCCGGUCCGCGAUGGCAUCCCCCCGGCUGGAGACCUUCUGCUGCCCGAACCGGGACGCGGCGACGGACUUCGUGGUCUCCUUCCAGCCGGUGCUGUUCGGCGCUCUGAGUCUGGGCAGCGCCGCGCUCAGCCUCCUGUUCGCCGUGCUCCAAAUCCUGCCCAAACGCAAAGGCUACAGGAGACUGGGACAGUAUCCUCUGCCGAGGCCUGCGUCCUCCUCGCGGAUAUUGUUCAUCAUCAGCGUGUGUGACAUACUGGGAUGCACAGGUAUCAUCCUGAGGUCGUCGCUGUGGCUCGGCCUUCCCAACAUCGUGGACCAGAUCUCAGUGGCCAACAACACUGAGGUCUGGCCUGAAGUCUUCUGCGUCGGCAGCGCGAUGUGGAUCCAGCUGUUUUUCAGCGCCUCUUUUUGGUGGACCUUCUGCUACGCUGUUGACGUCUUCCUGGUGGUGAAGACAUCGGCAGGAAUCAGCACCAUCAUCCUCUACCACAUGAUUACAUGGGGUCUGGCUGUGCUGCUGUGUGUCGAAGGAGUGGCCAUGCUCUACUACCCCUCCAUCUCCGAUUGUGAGCAAGGCCUGCAGCACGCCAUCCCUCACUACGUCACCACGUACGCGCCCAUGCUGCUCGUCCUCACAGCCAACCCCAUCUUCUUCAACAGGACCUUAUCAGCAGUGACAUCUUUACUAAAAGGACGACAGGGAAUCUACACAGAAAACGAGAGGAAGCUGGCCAACGAUAUAAAAAUACGCUUCUUCAAGAUGAUGCUGGUGUUCUUUAUAUGCUGGGUUCCCAACAUCAUCAACGAGAGCCUCCUCUUCUACCUGGAGAUGCAGACGGACAUCAAUGACAACAGUCUGAGGAACGUCCGAAACGCAGCCCUCAUCACAUGGUUCAUCAUGGGAAUCCUGAACCCCAUGCAGGCCUUCCUCAACACCCUGGCCUUCCACGGCUGGACGGGCUGCGACAUCGACCUCAGCAUGCAGCGGAGGAGGGAGCUGCCCUGGGACUCGCUCUCCACUUCGGUGCCCAACGGCGCCAGCCACAACCCCGUGGUGGGAACGACCCUGCUCUACCAGAGCCACGUCCAGGAGGCCAAGAAGAGCAUGACGGGCAGCGGGCAGCACCACUCCGACGCCAUCAGUGUCCUCUCAGAAGGUUCAGAGUCUAGUACAGUUGAACUGCACAUUUCCAGCGAGCAACGAGACUAUGAGGAUAUUGAUGCUGACGGCGAAUCCUUGGAGAACUGAGAGGGACUAGCUCGAGUCAACAUCAAACCACCUCCCUCUGCUUUUGUGGAUGCUGCUCUUCUAGUUCACAUUCAUGUUAGAUCGUCUUCCUCCCUUUGCCGAUUUCAGGCUUCGACAGAAUGAGCCAGAUUCUUAAUUCCAAAGCUUUUUAUUUCUCUCUAAGCUUUUAGAAAUCUGAUGUACUUUAUCGACUCAUCGACUGUGCAGCCCCAAAAGCAAAGCACUGUCUCACGUAAAACAGAAAGAAUGUGACAUUUUCUCAAUAAUAUCACAGGCUUAGUAAUUCUUAUAUGAAUAUUUCUUCUGAUUAAUUAUCAGAUUUAGACGCACACUGGGUUUUGUAAUAAGCACUCUUUGCCUUUACACUCCUAAUGCACAACAGAAUGUAUUUAGUGUCGUAUUUAAACAAGUUACUGUAUUUUCCAACUGUCCAUCUUGUAUUUUUGCACACAUCUAUUUUAUACUAUAUUAAAUAUACUGAAUAUUUA